AUGACACUCAAGGCCCGGAUCGAAAAUGGCGUCGUCUAUUCUCCGUACCCUUCGGAACCCGUGCCGGAAAUGACGGUUUACCAGGUGGUGAAACAGCGCCUCGAACAAUAUGGCUGCCGAACUGCUCUGGUCUGGGACGACGAAGAGAUCACUUUUGCAGAGCUCCUCAAGGUGUGUCAGCGAUAUGCCGCUGGGUUCCAGGGUCACGGCGUUAAGAAAGGCGAGAUGGUCCUGGUACAUUUGGACAAUUCCCUGGAAAACCUGAUCGUCAUGUACAGCGUAAUUUUCGCAGGGGGAGUUGCGGUGGUAUCCAGUCCGAUCUUGUCAAACGAUGAUAUUCUUCACAGGAUUCGAGACAGCAACGCCGCCCACAUCCUCACCACAGUCAAUGAAGUUAAACGAUUCAAUGACUUUCGUAACAAGGUGGACGUAAAGGGUUACUUCUCCGUAGGAACCGCUCUGGGUUUUGUCUCCGUAUUGGACUUCAAAAAACUGAACGAAGACACCUUCCAGGAAUUUCCAGUGUCCGACGUGAAGCAGGAAGUCGUCGCACUGUUGUACACAUCGGGAACGACGGGUAGCCCGAAGGCCGCUGAGCACACGCACUACAGCACCGUGGCCUCUUUACCUCGUCCCGGGUGGGUUCUAACUUAUGUGACAGCGGUGUUCGGGACUCCACACUGGAUUCUGCUGCUUGCCAAGGCGAUUGAGAAGCGAGGAAUUCAGCUGGACAGUCUAACGACUAUUAUUGUGUGUGGCGCAAAGAUCACGCCCCAAAUAUUAAGGCAAAUCAAACCGUUGUUUGAUCUGUACAUCGUCAAAAACAUUUUCGGAUCUACGGAAGUCGGCGGGAUAUGCAAACCUCCCCUGGCCGCGUCCUGUGGGCACGGCAUUGGAUUUCCGUCCCCGAUGGUACAAAUUAAGAUACUCAAAUUUCAGCUCGGAACUAUUGAUAUCACUUCUCCACUGUCGAUAUGCUGGUCACUAUUGAUAUCGGUUGUCAUCAGGUUGUUGACGUCAAGAGUGGAAAAGUACUUGGACAAAACGAAGAAGGAGAAGUGCUAG